AUGGGCUUCGAUAUUCAACGAUUUCCUAAUGGCGUUGAUGAAGAAUUAAUUUGUGCUAUUUGUGGUGGUGUUCUUCAAGAUCCUCUUCAAGCUCCAACAUGUGAACAUGCUUUUUGUCAAAUUUGUAUUAAUGAGUGGCUUUCCCGUGUACAAACAUGUCCUAUCGAUCGAAUAUCAAUGGAAUCAGAUCAAUUAAAACCAGUGCCACGUAUACUUAAAAAUUUACUUAGUCGUUUAAAUAUAACAUGUGAAAACGAAGGUUGUACAGCAAUAGUCAAAUUAGAUAGACUUCCUAAUCAUUUAGCUGAAUGUGAUUUUAAUCCAAAGAAAUUAAUUGAAUGUGAAAAUGGUUGUGGAAUGAUGAUAUCUAAAGAUAAUGCCACAGACCAUAAUUGUAUCCAAGCAUUAAAAAAUGAACUUGAUAUUGUUAAAAAUGAAUUACAAAAAUGUAGAACUGAUAUGGAUUUAUAUAAGACAGAAGAAUUUAUUCGUGUUCUUCGUCUUAAUAAUCCAACAAUAUCACGUGUUUAUGAACGUGUAGAAAAUGAUGAAAUAUUACGAUGGUCAGGUGGUUUACAAUUAGCUCGUGUAACACGUUGGGGUGGAAUGAUAUCAACUCCAGAUGCUGUUUUACAAGCAGUUAUUAAACGUGCUCUGCUCGAAAGUGGUUGUCCAAUUAAUAUAACGAACGAUCUUAUGGAAAAUGCUCAUGAAAGACAUUGGCCACAAGGACUUUCAACACUAGAAACUCGACAAUUGAAUAGACGACAUUAUGAAAGUUAUGUUUGUCGACGUAUUGUUGGUAAACAAGCUGUUGUUGUACUUGGUUGUGAUAAUCGACAUAUGGACCAAUUAAUGAUUGCUGAACCAGGCAUUGUCAUGAUAUUUGCACACGGAGUUGAAUAA